AACCACGGUAACUAAGGCGAAAUGGCGACGAUAGAUGGACGACCAGCCCAAUAUGGCAUUACUCUUAAGCAACUUCGUGAGCUCAUGGAGCACAGAGGUCGUGAAGGUGUCAAUAAGCUCAAUAGCCAUGGUGGCGUGCAAGAGAUAUGUAAAAAGUUAUAUACUUCACCCAGCGAAGGUCUCAGUGGGUCGACAGCAGACAUUCAACAUAGGAGAGAUACAUUUGGCUCCAACAUGAUUCCUCCAAAGCCACCUAAAACAUUUUUACAAUUAGUAUGGGAAGCUUUACAAGAUGUUACUUUGAUCAUCUUGGAAAUAGCAGCUUUGGUUUCGUUAGGUCUUAGUUUUUACCAACCAGCUGACGAAGAAGAGAGUGUUUCAUCGAUAGAAGAGGAUGAAGGAAAAUAUGGUUGGAUUGAAGGACUUGCUAUAUUGAUUUCUGUCAUUGUGGUGGUGUUAGUGACGGCAUUCAAUGACUAUUCCAAAGAAAGACAGUUUAGGGGUCUUCAAAGUCGAAUCGAAGGAGAACAUAAAUUCUCUGUUAUAAGACAAGGAGAAGUCAAACAGAUUUCAGUAUCUGAUAUCGUUGUAGGUGACAUAUGUCAGAUAAAAUAUGGAGACCUGCUACCUGCAGAUGGUAUACUUAUACAAAGCAACGAUCUUAAAGUGGAUGAAUCCAGUUUAACUGGUGAAUCGGAUCAUGUAAAGAAAGGAGAAUUGUUCGAUCCUAUGGUACUUUCAGGCACUCACGUGAUGGAGGGAUCUGGAAAAAUGUUGGUAACAGCGGUAGGUGUCAACUCCCAGGCUGGUAUAAUCUUCACCUUGUUGGGUGCUGCCGUUGAUCAGCAAGAACAAGAAAUAAAGAAAAUGAAAAAAGAGGCUAAAAAGCAGCGGAAGAAGAAGUCAUUACCAGGGGACGAAGGAGCAGAAAUCACUGGGAACAGUCAUGCUGUUGGAACUGGCGGAACGGGUGGUAAACACGAGGGUGGAGAAAAUCAUCAUGGCGGAGGUGGACAAGGAGGUGGGGGAGAGUCUACUAAAAAGGAGAAGAGCGUUCUUCAAGCUAAAUUAACGAAGUUAGCGAUACAAAUUGGUUAUGCUGGCUCGACCAUAGCAGUACUCACCGUGAUCAUUCUAAUCAUUCAAUUUUGCGUCUCGACGUUCGUAAUCGAUGGAAAGCCGUGGAAGAACACUUAUGCCGGUGAUCUGGUACGGCAUUUGAUUAUCGGUGUUACUGUCCUCGUCGUUGCCGUACCCGAAGGUCUUCCUCUGGCUGUCACCUUAUCGCUUGCUUAUUCCGUCAAGAAAAUGAUGAAGGAUAACAAUUUGGUACGGCAUUUGGAUGCUUGCGAAACGAUGGGUAACGCUACCGCCAUUUGUUCGGAUAAAACCGGAACCCUGACGACCAAUCGUAUGACAGUGGUAGAAUCCUACAUAUGUGAGAAAAUGAGCAAGACGGUUCCAAGUUUUUCCGAUAUCCCGAGCCACGUUGGAAAUUUAUUAAUACAAUCCAUCUCCAUUAAUUCGGCGUACACGUCCAGAAUCAUGCCCUCGCAAGACCCUUCAGAAUUGCCGAUGCAAGUCGGUAACAAAACCGAAUGUGCCUUACUUGGAUUCGUAGUGGCCCUGGGCGAAAAAUAUCAAACUGUUAGAGAUGACCACCCUGAGGAAACUUUCACGCGGGUCUAUACAUUCAAUAGCGUUAGGAAGAGCAUGUCUACUGUUAUUCCAAGGGAAGGUGGUGGAUAUAGGCUUUUCACCAAGGGCGCUUCCGAGAUCAUCAUGAAGAAAUGUGCCUUUAUCUACGGUCGCGAUGGUCAUUUGGAAAAAUUCACGAGAGAGAUGCAAGAACGUCUGGUUAAGAACGUGAUAGAACCAAUGGCGUGUAACGGUCUACGUACAAUCUCAAUCGCAUAUCGCGACUUUGUACCCGGGAAGGCGGAGAUCAAUCAAGUACACUCGGAUAACGAGCCAAAUUGGGAGGAUGAGGAAAAUAUCGUUAACAAUUUAACGUGUCUCGGUAUUGUUGGUAUCGAGGAUCCAGUACGUCCCGAGGUACCAGACGCAAUUAGAAAGUGCCAAAAGGCUGGUAUAACAGUGCGAAUGGUCACCGGUGACAAUAUCAAUACGGCUAGGUCGAUUGCCUUGAAGUGCGGAAUAAUAAAACCAAACGAGGACUUUCUUAUUCUCGAAGGAAAGGAAUUUAAUAGAAGGAUCAGAGACAGUAACGGCGAGGUACAACAACAUUUAUUAGACAAAGUUUGGCCAAAGUUAAGGGUUUUGGCUAGAUCAUCGCCAACCGAUAAGUAUACAUUGGUAAAGGGUAUAAUUGAUAGCAAGGCAACGACCAGUCGUGAGGUAGUAGCCGUGACCGGUGAUGGUACGAACGAUGGUCCAGCAUUAAAGAAAGCUGAUGUUGGCUUUGCCAUGGGUAUAGCUGGUACGGACGUGGCAAAGGAAGCUUCCGACAUUAUUCUGACGGACGAUAACUUUUCUUCCAUCGUUAAGGCCGUUAUGUGGGGAAGAAAUGUCUACGAUAGUAUAGCAAAAUUCUUGCAAUUUCAGUUGACCGUUAACGUCGUCGCCGUUAUCGUCGCCUUUAUCGGAGCAUGUGCCGUACAGGAUUCACCUUUAAAAGCGGUACAAAUGUUAUGGGUUAAUCUGAUUAUGGACACUUUAGCGUCCCUUGCACUUGCCACCGAAUUGCCUACGUCGGAUCUUUUACUUCGCAAACCGUACGGACGCACAAAGCCGUUAAUAUCAAGGACGAUGAUGAAAAAUAUUCUUGGUCAGGCAGUUUAUCAAUUGACUGUUAUUUUUAUGCUUCUUUUCGUUGGUGACAAGAUGCUAGAUAUCGAAACUGGCCGAGGAGUUGCGGCUAAAGGUGGCGGACCCACUCAACAUUUCACCGUCAUCUUUAAUACCUUCGUAAUGAUGACUCUCUUCAACGAAUUUAAUGCCAGAAAAAUUCAUGGUCAGCGCAAUGUCUUCCAGGGAAUAUUCACCAACCCUAUAUUUUAUUCUAUUUGGAUUGGCACGUGUUUGUCGCAGGUGGUCAUCAUACAGUACGGUAAAAUGGCGUUCAGCACAAAAGCUCUUACGUUAGAACAAUGGAUGUGGUGCCUAUUCUUCGGAAUCGGGACGCUAUUGUGGGGCCAAGUAGUCACGACUAUUCCAACACGGAAGAUACCCAAAAUUCUCUCAUGGGGCCGCGGCCAGCCGGAUGAUAUCGGUGCUAUCAAUCUAGGAGACGAGAAAUUCGACCCCGACUCGGAUAAAAAGCCGCGAGCAGGACAAAUACUAUGGAUCCGUGGUCUAACACGGCUACAAACGCAGGAACUUUUUAGGAACACGCGCUAUCGACGACCACCGUCGUCGCCAUCAUGAUACCGUCCUUUACAUGAUAUAUACGUAUGUACUCAUUUGCAAGAAAAAGAAAGAAAAGAAAAAAAAAAAAAAAGAUUAAAAAAAAAAUGAAAAAGAAAAGAAAAGAAAAAAAAAAAAAAUGAAGAGGAUAGCAAAAGAAAAAAAAAUAUCUAAGUACUGGCCGAUAAUCUCCCAGUGACAGUGUAUAAGUCGAUUUUUCAUCAUCUCUUUCUCUUUCUCUCUCUCUCUCUCUCUCUCUAUCUAUCUAUCUAUCUAUCUAUUUCUCUCUCUCUCUUUUUUUUUUUUUUUUUUUUCCGAUCUAUUUCUUCUAUCUGUCUAUCUAUCUAUCUUUCUCUUUCUCUCUAUCUCUAUCUAUCUUUCUAUUUCUCUCAAAAUAUCAUACUCGAUCUCGAUUUAUCCCAUUGAAUCCUUCCUAUCUUUGAUAAAAAGAAAAAAAAGGUAUAUACGUGAUUUAAACGAUAAAUCAAAAAAAAAAAAAAAAAAAAAAACCACUAAAACAAUAUAAUAAACAAACGGACAGACAAAAGUAAUAAUAAACAAUAAUAAAUAAGAGCGUACCGUCGCGACGACGAUCCUUCGAUCUCGCUUUUAAAAAACAAAACGAAAACAAAAAAAAUAAAAGGGACGAAUAGAAAAAAAAAGAUAAAUAAAUAAAAAAAAAAUUAAGAAAAUCAUAAAAAGCCCCCAAAAUCCGAGACGAAAAUCGAUCGAAUAUAGAUCGGGCCGAAUCAAAAAUUAUUAUUAUUAUAAUUUCGCAAGGGAGUUUGCGUUAAGAUUUACGAUAAUUAACGAAUCAGAAAAAACAAUAAACAAAAUAUAAAAAGAACCAAAACAAAAUAACCUAAAACUAAAACGAAAAAGAAAUUAGAGAAACGAACCGAACGAUGCGAAACAAAAUGAAACGAAAGAAAAAAUCGAACGAAGUAUAAGAAAAAAAAGAAAAAAAGAAAAAAGAUUAAAAAAAAAAAAAAAAAAAAAAAAAAAAAAAAGAAAAACCAGAAUAAUUUAGAAAGAAAUCUACGAUAAUAAUAUUAUAGGACGCAAAGUGGAAGGCGACGUUAUCGUUUCGAGACAAAGUAUCGACUUUGACGGAUUUUUUCACGACGAUUAAUAACAAUAAAAAUUCAAAUAAUUGACUAUAAUAAAGACUGUAUAACGUAAAGACGAAUCUUAAAAACCCAUAUCACAAUCAUACAUAUGUAUAUAUAUAUAUAUAUACACAUACAUACAUACAUAUAUAUAUAUAUAUGUGUGUGUGUGUGUAUGUGUGUGUGUAUUAAAGUAUAUUAUAUAUGUAUGAUGUGAACGACAGUACGAACUUUAAAAGAGGCACCAUUUUCGGCUAAUCGAUAACAAACACACCAUAGAGCAGCUAGUAUAGAGAGAUCUUUCUUCUUUGUUCCUUUUUUUUUCUUUUCUUCAUUUUUUUUUCUCUUUUUUUUUUCUCUUUUUUUUUUUUUUAAAUAUAUAUAUUUUUUUUCUUUCCUAGUACGCUAGUACCCUGUUCGAGAAAAAAAAUGAACAAAAAGAAAUGAAAAAGAGAACAUAAAAAAAAAAAAAAAAAAAAAAAAGAAACUAUAACGAAAUAGUACAGCCAACAACAAUCACAACCACCAUCACAAUCGUCAUCCCUCAUACCUCGCUAACAAUUCUAAUCCCAUCUUAUUCCAUCAAAUACGUCCCCUGAUGUGCGAAACAGAUUUAUUUAUUUAUUUUUUUUUUUUGUACUUUUUUUUUUUUUCUUUUUUUUUUGGAUUUUUUUUUUUUAUUACAAAAGUUAAUCAUUGCUAUUAUAUCGUUAACGGAUACAGGAAAGGUAGUACGAAUUCAAAUUUAUUUAAGUCUACUAUAAGAUUACUACUAUUAUUAUUAUUACUACUACUACUACUACUAUAAUUACUUCUACUACUACUACUACUACUACUACUACUACUAUUACUAUUACUAUUACUAGUAUUACUACUAUUAUUAUUACUAUUACAUGGUGAUAUUAGAAAGCAAAGAAAAAUAAAAUAUAUAUAUGUAUGCGAAGCAUGAACUCGAUCGUCUUAUGGCGCUAAGGAUUCGUAUAUCAUCGAGUCGGAUUUUCAUCAAAACAAACAAACAAACAAACAAACGAACAAACAAACAAACAAACAAACGAAACGAAACAAACAAAAUAAAAACAAAAAAAGAAACGAAAAAGAAUUUAAAAGAAAAAAAAAAAAAAAACAAUAUAUUCCACCCUUCGGUAAACUUGGUUAUGGUGUACCUAAGGCGUAUGUUUAUUAUUAUCAUUAUCAUCUUCAUCUU